AUGGCUCCAUCAACUUCCAUGUCUAGACCAUCUCAAUAUAAGCAAUCUUCCCGUAAAGGUAAAAAAGCCUGGAGGAAGAACAUCGACUUAUCUGAUAUCGAAAAGGCUGUUGCUGAGAAGAAUGAAUUUGAGAUUAGUCAUGGUACCAAAGAUCUUUCUGACUUGAAAGAUGAUACUCUUUUUGCUGUCGACACAGUUGGUAACACUGAAUUAAAAGAAAAACUGAUUAAAAGAAAACAAAUAAAGAAAAAUCUGAAGAGUAGAGAGAUUUUGGAUGCUAUCCAAACUAACUCGAAAGUCCCAGCUCUAAAUCAUCCAAGAUUCAAUAAAUCUUCCAAUGAAAACUCAAAGAAAAAUAAAAUUCAAGGUGUCUCAAAGAAAGAAAUUAGUAGAUUGAUGGCUAUGGCUGGUAGAGUUCAAGGUGAAUCCGUUGCUAAAAAUAUGAUGGCAAAAGACGGUUUAAUCAAAUCAGGAACUAAUGAUUUAUGGGGAGAUGAACCAAAAAAGAAGAUCAGCUUACCAUCAGGAAUUGAAUUGGAUUCAAAAUUAAAGGAUCAAAUACCAGAAGAACUUCUAAAUCAAUCUACCACAAGUUGGAGUAAACCUACCACCAAACCAGUGACAAUGGAUUUAGCUCCUAUUCAAGUAAAAGAGUUCGCAGAUAUGCCUCACGCAGGUAAGUCAUAUAAUCCAAAUACCAAGGAUUGGGAAAAUUUAAUUUCCAACGAAUUUGAUAAAGAAAUGGUGAAGGAAGAAAAGAGAGUUGCUCUAGAAGAAUAUAGAGCUCGUAUUUCUCAUCUAAUUGAGGUCUUAGAUGAUAAUGAAGAAGAAUCUUCAGAUGAAGACGAAAAUGAGAACACUAAGGAAGUGUCUGCUGACGAAGAAGAUGAAGAAGAUUUAUUAAAACUUUCAGUAAAUCCAGUUGUUAGAAAUAAGAAAAAAACUAAACAGCAAAGAAACAAGGCAAAGAAACAUCAAGAAAAAGUUAGAUUACAAGAAGAAUUAAAAAAAUUAAGAGAACAAGUUAGAAAGUUAGAAGAUAUUGAAUCACUCAACGAGGAUGUUGAAAUCGAUGAUCAAUUAAAGAACUCUUUGAAAGAAAAUGCUGUAAAUGCUCCUAAAAUGAACAAAAGAAAUAGAUUAGGUACUAAAUAUUCUGUGAUUGAAGCUAGUGUUGAUGUCAAGUUUAAAGAUGAAUUGUCUGACUCUUUAAGAAAAUUGAGACCUGAAGGUAAUCUUUUAUAUGAUACUGUUAGAAAGCUACAAAGUACAGGUAAAUUAGAAGCCCGUGUACGUAAAACAAGACCUCAAAGAAAGAAUAAAAUCACUGAAAAAUGGACUUACAAAGAUUUCAAAUAA